UGGAGGUGGGUUUCGAGGAGGAGAUAUGACUGGAAGCAACAUUAGCUAUGACACGGCCGCCGUUCGGCGGAUGAGAUCGACAACCUCAAGUCUGGCGGCGACGACAUGGUCAACCCUGCGGGCUCCGACAUCAGGUCCAUCGAUUCAGCAGGCGCGGACUUCCUAUCGACAGGUGGGGACAUGGAGUCUAGGAGGUCUGACAUCGAGUCCGGGAGCUCGGGCGUCCAGUCAAGAGAAGCUAUCGGGGCCGCCGGCAAUUCCUCGCUGAGUGGGGAGGAGAAGGAAUCGGUGGGCACGCGUAGCGCUUCCGAGAGGUCUAGCUGCGACACGUCGGCACCCGUUCAAACGCACCACCCAGGUGACACCAACAGCGCAACCCUGGCAUCGGCGGAAACGGCGGCGGCGGCGACGGCGACGGCGGCUCAGGCGGGGGCAGGCUCUCUGCCCUCCGACCGGAAUCGGUCGAGGUUCAGCACGGAGGAGGUACAGCCGUCGACAGGAACCAACUCGUCAGCGAUGGCAAUGAGCAAAGAGUCGUCCAGACGCUCCUCGCAGUCGGAGUUCGAUGUGUUGCACCACGGUAGCAGCGGCAAUAGCAGCAACAACAGUGUUUUCAGCCGCGACAGUGAGAGAAGCCGUGAUCGUGACGACGGCGAGCUGGGUGGACAUUCUGUCAACCAUGAUGUCCUCGCAGUCGCCCUUCGUGGGGCGCGCAUCACGACCGGUGAGAGAGAGGGGCAACCGGAGAGGGCUGUGACGCACGGAGACCUUGAGCGGUCCUCUGGGUCGGUGUGCGGUCAACACGACCCGGGAGCCUCCGCCGGGGGUAGCGGAGGGGGAGCAUAACUCUCCACCAUCACCGAGGACAGCUAUGAAAGUGCAAAUGGUGACCAGGAGGAGCAAGCGGA